CCUUCCGGUGUCAUCUUGACAGUAAUCACGGCUGUUGCAGCAGCCCAAGCUGGAGGUGCAGGGAUGGAGAAUUCAACAUUUGUACCUAAUCCUUUGACUUCACCAGCCUUGAUGGUACUGGCAUCAACUGCAGAAAAUCAUGAAGGUGGAAGGGCUCCAUUUCCAAAUCAAAAUGCUGGAGAUAAAGAUAUUUCUUCACCAUAUUCAACACCUUUUACAAUGUACAGACCCGGAGAACCCUAUCCUGCUCCACUGUAUGCACCAGUACCUCCAUUUGUCAGAGCAAAUAUGGAGCGUGGUAUGCAAUUCAUGAAUCCAGGGACCAGUAGUGCUUUUAGACCAGUAAGCACUAGUGAUACAGAUAGUUACCACUCAGCAUUCUCUCCAGCUAAAAAACCCAAACACGAUGAUAAUGGUUUCAGUCCAAAGACCCAUGAAUCUGAAUGCAGUGAAAUGGCGAUGGACUACUCUACUGGACAUAAAAGUAUCAAAGAUGAAAGACCAUCAAGUAUCAGCUCUGCAGGAAUUUCUGAAAACUACUCAGAUACUGAACGGGGAACUCCCGACUCUGAGGGAAGAAGUUUAAGAAAACAAAGGAAGAAGUGUGUUUUAGAUGGACAGUCCCCAUGUUGUCCUGUUUGUGGUAUUACAUUAAGAGCUGGAGAAAUAGAACACCACUUCACCCUUGAGAUGGAGAAACUAGACAGACUUGUAAGAUGUGGCAGAAAAUCCAGAGAUACCACACCACAAGGAAGAAAGGGUUUGUCAUCACCUCCAGUUAGGCGAGGGAAAGAGUCUCCUGCCACGGAGGUUGUUUCACAAUCAAGAUUUGAGACGUACCUUAGGAUCAAAUGUAACCGUCAAGCUCGUCUAACCAGUCGUACUAAAAACAAAAAGAGAAGACCAACUGAAGAAAGUUGCUGUCCAAUAUGUAACGAGAAAUUGUCGGGAACUGCUGAGGAAUUAAAUGGCCAUGUAGAAUUAUGUCUGAAAAAGCAGAGAGGAGAGCUGGAGGAUGAGAACAUUGAUGUUGAAGGUGAUGACGAACAAUAUGAAGAGUAUACCUGGGCAGGGCAGACUCGAAUCAGAGCUACCACCAUGUUGGAAGGAGGAUUUGCAAGAUCAGGAUUUCAGACCAUGUGUAAGAGAACAUCUGAUGAAGAGGUUGAUUUAAAUGUUGAUGGAGAUGAUUCAGAAAUGUAUGGACGACCUCAAUAUAAUGAAGCUGAUAUUAUACCUUGUUCCUCAGAGGAACCUAAUGAGGAGAGAGAAAGGGAAGCACUACGUGGGGCUGUGUUAGGAGCAUCCUCCAGUUCAUCAAUACAACCCAAAGCAAGUACCAGUGGAGAAGGUAUGGAGGUAAAUGAAGCUGAUAUGUCACCUUCUCAUGAUACACAAUUAGAAUCAAACUCCAGUAAUGUUAUAGAAGCAUUAAAAACAAAACUAAAAGAUAAAGAUACAGACCAAAAAACAAAAUGUCUGAUUUGUAUGGAACCCUACAAUAAACCUGUGACCUCUAUACAAUGUUGGCAUGUUCACUGUGAAGACUGUUGGUUAAAAACAUUGGGAGCUAAGAAGUUAUGCCCACAGUGUAAUAUGAUAACCUCUCCUGGAGAUUUGAGAAGAAUAUAUUUAUAGAUUUAUGUUGUGACUGACAGAUAGGAUAUGUGUUGGAUAUUUGUCUCGUGGAUUGACAAGAUUUAACUAUAACUUUGUUGUACAACUGUAUUUCAACCAAAUAAAUCGAGCAUUCUUAUGCAUAGAAUUUCAAUCAAUUAAAGAAAAAUACAAAAAGGAGUGAACUUGUGUAGUACAUAUUCGUCUUUAAAGACAGUGAUGUGAUAUAUUGUAUUGCUGAUAAAAAAAAAUAGUAAUCUUAUUGCACAAUCUAUUGACGGUUAAUUUCACACAUAAAUAAAAUCACAUUCAUUAUGUUUCUGCUUCUGAAAUGAUUUCAUUCUUCUUGCUACCAUUAAUGGUUAAUUCCAGCAUUCUGGGUGUCUGCAAAUGUAUAAAUGAUGCGUUUUGUUUCUGUCUUUUUGUUAUUUCAUCAGAGUUAAAUAAUUUCCUGUAUGGAUGUGUAUGUUGUUAUAGCUGAUAAAUUUUGUGUUUUUUGUGUUACAUUGAUAUUGACUUGAAAGUUAUAGGUCCUAGAGUUUUUAAAAUUGCUUACAUUUUAUGAUAUUACAAAAUCUUAGUAAUAAGCUUCAUUUGGUAGAUACUUCUUCAAUCUGUCUCUAAAGAGGACAAAACAAAAGUAAUGUUAAAGGAAGGAUGUGGGGACAGAUUUAUAUUUUACAGUUUGUAAACACUGGUGACAAACAAUUUAAAAUAAAAAUUUAUUUUUAAAUAUUUCUGACUUUAAUUGAAAAGAGUUUCAUAUGAAACUUAGACAAUUGUACCAUAAGUGGAACUAAUGGGAUUUUUUGUAUUUUAAUGUAAUUUGCUUUUUAUAUUUCAAACACGAUGGAAUUACAAUAAAAAAAAAUCAAUUUUGAAGUGGGUCGUAUAUAUUCCAUACACCUAUCCAAAAACUAGAGAAUAUAUAAAAUCUUUACAUCUCAUGACUAGAUAUUAAAAAUAAAAGAAUACAAAAUGUAGAUUUGAGAGUUUUUAUGCAAUUGUUAAUGAUAUAGUGCUACAAGACACCAGUGUAUUAUAUACUAACACUAGUCUGAUUGUUGUUGUGUAUUAAACCAUUGUUUUAUACUAAUAUAUGAGAAGAUUAUCUAGGAAUAAAAUCAUGUUAUAUUUA